AGCACCCUGCUACACUUCCCUGUCGUGAGGUUGGCGUGCAGACGGUGGAGCUGAAGCAAGGUGGUCACCAUGCAGGUGCUCCUCCAGUACAGUAGGCUUGUCCUGGCUCUCGCCUUCAUCCUGAUUUUGGGUUCUUCAGUUCAAGGUUCUCCUGUGCGGAGAGCCAGAUACCAGUGGGUACGCUGCAAUCCUGACAGCAAUUCUGCAAACUGCAUUGAUGAAAAGGGACCAGAGUUCGAUCUACUUCCAGGUGAAUCCAACAGAAUCCUAUCUCCAAGGACUGACCCUUUUUCAAUGAUGAAAUCCAGGAACCUGAAUGAUGUCUUCCCUCUUUCUGAGGACUUUUCAGGAUCAGGCUCUGGAAGUGGCUCUGGAAAUGGCUUCCUACGUGAAAUUGAACAGGAAUACCAACCAGUAGAAGAAAACGAUGCUUUUUAUUACAACUUUAGGCCUCUGGAGAGAAAUUUGCCCUCAGACAACCAGGACUUGGGUCAGGAUGGACCAGAAGAGGAUUAUACUAUAUAAAAGAGAGGGUUUCCCACCUUGAUGCCAGGCAAUGUAUUUGUGUUCCAUGGUUAAAUGAUUAAUUUGAGGACAAAAAGCUUUAUAGAAAAUUUAAAACAUCUGAAAAGGAAGUUUAGUUUUAUUAUCUUUUUUUCUCAUGAAUUCUUAAAGCCUCCUUUAUCUAUCCUAAUGUCCUGGAAAAUACCUGCAUUUCUUUUGUAUUGUAUUCAACAACAUCACUAUGAAGUUAACUAGACUCCCCAUAUGUAUAAAAUUGUUUUAAAGAAUAAAUUAUACUGUUCUUAAAAUAUUUAGUUUGAGAAACAAAUUGACAGGCACUAUUUCAUAUCUAAAUCUUCAGGAAGCUGACUCUGAUUAUGAAAUCUAGAUAUGCCUCUUUUUUUUGUGAAAAAAUACAGAUGAAACAUACAGUGAAUGUACAGAGUGGGUAUUUGACAUGUUUUACAGUGUGAAGUUAACUGCUCUAAUAGUACCCCUGGAGGUGUUUGCAGAGCUAGUGGACAGCGUUUGCUUAGAAGUGUGAUUGCUGUCACAAUUAGAAACUUAACACCCAGAUUAAAGCACAAUUGUGCUCUCAAUACCUCAUACUGCUUUACUUUUUUUCCUGGAUAUCUAUGUAUUUUCAAACAUUACUCUAUUAAAGCAGAAGUAUAAUCAAAGGGUCAAGCUGUCUGGGCUCUCUUGUUCAUGAAGUAAUUAUUUGUUCAAAUGUUUCUAGAUUCCCAUCAACAAAAUAUCUGUAAAGUUAUUUUACAGUGAGACCAAAUUUUGUAACUGGAAUCAAAUCCUGUUAACUAGCAGAUGAAGAAAACAAUCAUGCUACAGAAAGAGGGUUACUCUUGUCCAAACACUUCCUCUUUCUGAAGGCUAUACUAUACUCAUCUCUGUUCCCCUUAAUUCUGAAAAGCCUGUCAGCAUCAUUGUCAUGGAUCCUGUUCUGUACCAUCUAGAUCCCCUCUUCAGAACUGAGGACUUAUUCAAAUUAACCUCUGUGGAAGAGAGACACCUUGUCCAAGCCCACACCUCUUCCCACGGCAGCCUGCACCCAAUGCCUGGUUGAUGUGGGCAUAUGAGUGCCAGACCCCUUCCCUGAACUUCGAACAAUUCAGCAGGGCAAUCACAGAUUCAGACCUCCCUGAGGAGCCAUCUGAGGCUUUGUUGGGACUGUUUUGCAGCUCAGUUUCUUCCUUUACUUAGUCUUGCUUCCUUCCAUUCCUCACUGAGAGAGCUCCCUUAGGAACUUUCUGCACACUAGUUUUCAUUUCAGAGUUUGCUCUAUGGAGAAUCCAACCUGUGAAAGUUGGUGCCAGGAUGGGUAGAAAGCAGAUGCUAAAAUGGGAUUUUGGAGCUGGAUCACCUACUGUCUGGCUGGCAAUGAGGACCCUAUCACUGGCUGUAGAUGCAGAACAAGCACAAGGGAGCAUUGCAAUUGUUCAAACUUUCACUGAUGAUGAACUGGGAUGGUGUACCAGUGGAAGGAAGUGCACCAGGGUGUGGUAUAUGAGGUAUCUGAGAAAUAUGGGGAAGUAGUAACUAUAGAGACAAUGACAUUGGAUGGCUCUUGCUGGAGGCAAUUAAUGAAAGACCAAGGAUGAUUAAUUAAAGACUAAAUGUGAAAACUAUUGGACCUCCUCAGCAGCAUAUUAAGAAACUCUCUUCUGCAGUGGAAGGGCAGGAAAAGCUGAGGCCCAGGACCAGGAUAUAAUCAGAAGAAUAGCAGAGUUCAAGAAUGUUAAGUUGCCAAGCUAGCCAAGUCUGUUAUGCAACAUCAGGGCCCUGACUGGGAAAAUACUGGACCCUCAGAAAUGAAGACCUCUGGGUAGAAAUGUAUCUGGGUUGAUACAUUCAGAAUUCGAAUCCCCAGACUUCCUCAAACCCUCUGAAUCUAUAGAAGAGGCCUGGGCUUCCCUGGUGGCGCAGUGGUUAAGAAUCCGUCUGCCAAUGCAGGGAAAAUGGGUUCGAGCCCUGGUCUGGGAAGAUCCCACAUGCCGCGGAGCAACUGGGCCCGUGAGCCACAACUACUGAGCCUGCGCGUCUGGAGCCCAUGCUCCGCAGCAAGAGAGGCCGCGACAGUGAGAGGCCCGCGCACCGCGAUGAAGAGUGGCCCCUGCUUGCCGCAACUGGAGAAAGCCCUCGCACAGAAACGAAGACCCAACACAGCCAAAAAUAAAUAUAAAAUAAAUAAAUUAAUUAAAAGAAACGUUUAAGAAAAAGAAGAGGCCCACUCCUUAAGAAUUAAUGCUUUCCUCUGGCUUGAAGAUGAUUAAGAAGCCUCUGCCCUUUAAAACCACAUGCACACUCCCUCAAGGUCUGCCCUGCCACCCUACCUAGCCACCAGAUCCAUAACUAAAGUUACAAUAUAAACCAACAGGAAAGUGUUGGGGCUGCUAAGGACGAAAGGUGAAGGUUUCUGCAGAGCUUAGCUGUCAUACACCUCAGAAGCCAAGAAAGUGUGCCUUUCUAUGUGCCUUAACUCUAAGAGUGCUAGAUCAAGGGAUGGAGGAAAAACAUAAAGUUGGAUAAGGAAGUGUUUAUCAAUAUGGAAGUGUUUAUCAAUAUGGAAGUGUUAGGGGAACCAAUGACCAAAACCACCUGCCCUGGCCAGGCAUGAGAGUAAACACUUGCAUGAGUUAUCUUACAACAGGAGGUCCUGGUAAGGAAGGACCUUACCACUGACAAGCUACCACUGACUGGAAGAAUUCGGGAAAGGCCAAAGGAGAGAGGAGAUGCCAGUCCAUAUGUCCCAGUAUCCUUCUUGCUGCAACCCAUCUUGGCUGAGCAAUGUGCGCACCACCAUGAAGGACCCUGAGUCAGAAUGAUUGGCCAGAGACAACCUGGAAACUAACCCCAGUACUCCUGAGACUAUGGGCCAUGUGGCAGAGCCGUUCUCCUGGGUUCCCUUACCCUGCUGCUCUCUGCCUGGGUGCCCCUUCCCAAUAAAGUCUCUUGCUUUGUCAGCA